GCGCGUUCCUUCGUGGGUCUUUUCGAGCGCAGCAUCAAGAACAUGGCCGACGUGACAGAGGUGGACGGCGACAAACUCAGCAAAAAGUGUGUCUGCUGACCGAGAUAAGUCAGCAUGCUGUGUCUGGUCAGGGCGGCCGGGCAGCAGCUGUGCCAAGCCACCCGGCUCAGGGGACAGUGGUUAAAAUAUGCGCCCCCAUGUACAGCUGCAGGCCCAGCUCAGGUUUACUGGAACCGAUGGAGAGGUGACAAAAGUGAGCAGAAGCGGCGUAUGAAAGCGGAGAAGAAGGCAGCCGAUAAAGAAGCCAAGGUCAAAGAACAAGCGGAACAGAACGACGAGGGAGCACAACAUGCCUCUGCGCUGGAUGAAGAGACGCUCGAUCCAAAUCAAUACUACAAGAUUCGCACUCAGGCCAUCCAGGAGCUGAAGGGCACAGCUGAGGAUCCGUACCCACACAAGUUCUACGUGGACCUGUCGCUUACAGAGUUCAUUGAGAAAUAUAACCACCUGCAGCCAGGAGAUCAGCUGACAGAUGUGGUUCUCAGUGUUUCAGGCCGUGUCCACGCUAAGAGGGCGUCUGGAGCCAAGCUGAUCUUCUAUGACCUGCGAGGGGAAGGUGUCAAGUUGCAAGUCAUGGCAAACUCAAAGGCUUAUAAGUCGGAGGAGGCCUUCACGGCCAUCAACAACAAGCUGCGGCGCGGAGACAUCAUCGGGGUGCGCGGGAACCCGGGGAAGACAAAGAAGGGGGAGCUGAGCAUCGUUCCUGUUGAGAUGACUCUGCUGUCACCAUGUCUGCACAUGUUGCCCCACCUCCACUUCGGCCUCAAGGACAAGGAAACGAGAUAUCGCCAGCGCUACUUGGAUCUGAUCCUCAACGACUACGUGAGGCAGAAGUUCAUAACCCGCGCCAAAAUCAUCACGUACCUGCGGCGUUUCCUGGACGAGCUGGGCUUUCUGGAGAUCGAGACACCAAUGAUGAACAUUAUUCCCGGUGGAGCAGUGGCCCGUCCAUUUGUGACUUACCACAACGAGCUGGAUAUGAACCUGUACAUGAGGAUCGCCCCUGAGCUCUACCACAAGAUGCUGGUGGUCGGUGGGAUGGACAGAGUGUACGAGAUCGGCCGUCAGUUCAGGAACGAAGGCAUCGAUCUCACUCACAACCCGGAGUUCACCACCUGUGAAUUUUACAUGGCGUACGCCGACUACCACGACUUGAUGGAAAUCACUGAAAAGCUACUCUCAGGGAUGGUGAAGCACGUCACUGGAGGAUACAAGGUGACUUACCACCCUGACGGUCCGGAGGGACAGGCCUAUGAGAUCGACUUCACCCCGCCGUUCAAGAGAGUGAGCAUGACGCACGAUCUGGAGAAAAUCAUGGGAGUCAAAUUCCCCCCGUCUGACAGCUACGACAGCGACGAGACGCGUAAAUUCUUCGACGACCUGUGCGCUCAGAAGGGGGUUGAAUGUCCUCCACCCAGGACCACCGCUCGCCUCCUGGACAAGCUGGUUGGAGAUUUCCUGGAGGUCACGUGUAUCAACCCGACCUUCAUCUGCGACCACCCUCAGAUCAUGAGCCCUCUAGCCAAAUGGCACAGAUCGCAGAAAGGUCUGACGGAGCGCUUCGAGCUCUUUGUGAUGAAGAAGGAAAUCUGCAACGCUUACACAGAGUUGAAUGAUCCCAUAAGACAGCGAGAGCUUUUUGAGCAGCAAGCCCAGGCCAAAGCUGAGGGAGACGAUGAGGCCAUGUUCAUCGAUGAGACCUUCUGCACAGCUCUGGAGUACGGUCUGCCUCCGACCGCCGGCUGGGGGAUGGGAAUCGACCGCGUCGCCAUGUUCCUCACCGACUCCAACAACAUCAAAGAGGUGCUGCUGUUCCCAGCCAUGAAGCCUGAUGACAAUAAAACAGCACCCACCGACGGGGCCCCCGCCCAGUGAUGCGACCCUCCAACUCUGCUGCUGCCCCACCGUAUCAGGAUAAAGCAUCACGCUGGAGCAUUUCCCUCUCUACGAUCAUCAGUGGUUUCGAUGGGUUUUCUUUUUUGGGUAUUUUUGUUUUCCAGAAUGUGUCAACACUUGGAGAGUUACUGCAAAGGAAGCCAUCCUGUUUUGAUCAAUGUUUCUCUGUUUUUUAUUUGUGCAUCAUUUUCCACAUCCUAUUUUCACAGAAAACGAUUUAAGCUUCUUUGUUAAUCAGACAAUAAACAUGAUAUUUGAUCAAGAAGCCAUUUUGUGUGCUGUCAGGUGCAGAUUCAGUUUUUAUUCUUCUGAAUAUACUUCGAGGGACUAAAAAGGGUGUUUUAUUAUUCAGGCUACUGAAUAUGCUGUGUGAGAAUACAUAAAAAAUAAAUCUGAACCAGUUUUUGUUUUGAAGGUUCAUUGUUUUCCGUGUUUACUCAUCUGUCCUGUUUUCAAUGAUUGCUCCACAAAUUCAAGAUUUCUCUGCCAAGAAUUUUGGAGAUUGUAUGUCACAAUAAAUUGCAUACCAAUCUC